UCUCGUCGAUCCGCCUUUGCUGACACUUGGAAUCCUUUCCCGUCGUCCCCAAAUUUCUCAAACCCUAAAACCAGAUAAAUCUCGUAUUGUCUCGAUUCGAUCCAAGGAUGCUGAGGCACGUAACCAGCAGGAUUCUUGCUCAAGGGCGAGCUUCCGCCGCGACGCCGGCGCCGGCGCUGCGCAUGUACCACGAGAGGGUGGUGGAUCACUACAACAAUCCGAGGAACGUUGGCUCGUUUGAGAAGAACGAUCCUGACGUCGGAACGGGUCUCGUCGGAGCUCCAGCUUGUGGCGACGUUAUGAAGCUGCAGAUUAAGGUCGACGAGAGUAGUGGAAAAAUUGUUGAUGCUCGUUUUAAGACCUUCGGUUGCGGUUCCGCCAUCGCCUCCUCCUCCGUCGCCACUGAAUGGGUGAAAGGCAAACAGAUGGAAGAAGUGCUUUCGAUCAAGAACACGGAAAUUGCGAAACAUCUAUCUCUGCCGCCGGUUAAGCUUCAUUGCAGCAUGCUGGCCGAGGAUGCAAUAAAGGCUGCUGUCCGAGAUUAUGCAGCAAAGCGCCCGAAAUCGAGCGAAAGUAAAGAUGCAGCAGCAAGUGCCUGAGGGAUGAAUAAUAUGUAAGUGAUCUUAGAUCAUAUAGUUAUGUGUAAUGAAAUAAUGGUGUAGUUGGAAAGGUAUGCAUUGCCUUUUAUACAAACAUACAUCACUGUUGACACAGAAUGUUAUGUAAUACUUUAUAGGUAAACAGGGUUGAUGACAUAUAUAUGUGUAUGUAUAUAUAUAUAUAUAUAUGUGCACAUCUAUGCAUUUACUCUCAAGCUUUCUUUUUUUUAUAGAUAUACAUAUAUUGAGUGAAAUUGAAGUGUUGAAUAAUAUCAUAUUGAAAUAA